AUGAGGAAGUCCAAAGCGCUCAGGUGCGACUCGUGCUGUUUCUCCAAAGAUGGGCUAUUCUUGCUCUACACAAUUGCAAACAAAGUUUUUUCAAUCGAUUCGGUUUCUCUUGAGGUAGCUCGGGUGUAUGUCAACAGCUACAGAGUAGACUCGAUUGACUUCGCGGAGGAUCACAUUCACUUCUUAACUUUGGCAAAGGAGGAGGGGUGCGUCUGCGUCUACUCUCUGUAUAGUAGCCACGUCGUUAGCGUCAUACAGGAUGCUUUCCAGGCGUACGUCUGUUCCUUUUUCCUGGGCCAGGGGACAAACAUAUGCAUUCAGAAGUACGAGCGGAAAUGCAUAAGCAUCUACGACGUGAACGACGUGAACGACGCGGAUCACCCUCUAGUCACCAUCCCAAAUGUGAAAGCGAAAAAGAAAAAAGCGUAUUGUCUGAGCGAAGGGCAUGACACCCUUGGCUGCAUAACCGAAUCGAACAGGCAAAACAAAAUAGCGUUGCUCUGUUUGAGGAGUUAUAAAGUGAAAAACGAAAUCGUAUGCAAUAACUUCAUCCCCAGUGAGCUGUUUUUUUCUACCCUGAGUGACGUAAUUGCGUAUAGUAAUGUGCACAAAUCGGUGCACGUGUACAAGCCGAGUGGGGACCUACUCUACGUUUAUAACUUCGGGGAGCACUUAGCAUGUGUAACUCUCGCGUCGAAGAGUAGGGAGCGGAACGUCCUCUCGCUGGGCACGGAAGAUGGAGCUGUAAGGGGUGACAGUCCUACACCUAGACAACUUGAAAGAAAUAAAAAAAAUAACUUUAAGUGA